AUGCAGGCUGGUGCCAAGGCACCCUCGAGUUCCAAGGGUCCAGCAUCUGCUCCAAAUCAGAAGGGUAAAGACGCGGCGGAGACGACGGCUAAAGGCCAGGCCAAUGAGAAGAAAGAGUCCAAAGAUUCCAAGGAGUCUAAGGACAGCAAGGAAUCAUCAAAAGAAGCUGAUAAAAAGAAUAAUGACAGAUCAAAGGAGGACAAAGCCAAACCUGCACCACAGAAACCCGGCGAUACUAGAGAGGAGUUGAGUAGUAUACAGUCAACCGAUGGGAAGAAACCUACCAUUGCAUCUGGCCCUCCUGGCGCUCCUGGCCCCAAUGGCGGUGCGAUUAUACCUGAUCCUGCUGGGACGUCACCUGCUGAGCAAGCGGUAUCAAUCAUGAUAACGACAGGUUUAUCACCGAAUCUGAACAGCCUCGACGAUAUUCGUAAGUUACAACGGCCACUGAGAGUCGUACGUGGCUUGGCGCAAGAUCUACUGUGGGCUGAUCCUGAGACGGGUACGAAGGGAUUCCAGCAAAACAAAAUUCGAGCUGUGUCACAUAUCUUUGGCGAAGAUACGGUACGUGACAAGUGUAAGCAGCUGAAUAUCGAUCUGAUAAUCAGAGCCCAUCAGGUGGUGGAAUUCGGUUAUGCAUUCUUUUGUGGUCGUGCCCUAAUUACGGUAUUCUCAGCGGCCCGAUAUCAUGAAGAGCUCGUCAAUUAUGCAGCGGUUGUUAAGGUGGAUGCCAGCUUAGAGCUAUCGUUUGUACAGUUGAAACCCCAAGAGUUUGAGAAGGUUCGACGCGAGCUUGAGCAGAAGCACGAUGAAACUGGUGAUCCUGGCGAAGAACCGCAACCACCGCCAUCACCGGGUACCGCACCAACGCCGCAGACGUCUCAGCAAACACAAACCACUCAAUAG